AUGUCACCCUGUGACCAUGUAGUCAUGCGACCCUGUGGUCAUGCGACUCUGUGGUCAUGUGACCCUGUGGUCAUAAAUCGCUGCAACAAACACGAGAUGUGGUUUAUUGCAAAAAAGAACUCUUUGUUGUCACCUGACCGAACACCAAUCAUUUUACACAAUGUUUUAAUAAAUUUUGAAGUAUUGGGGUCCAUGGGUCCAAGGACCUCGAUACAUAUUGGCAAAAAGUCUAAGGAAGGCAGGGCGUUUUCACAUUUUUUGAUUUUUUCGUCCGAUGCCCUGAUUGCAGCCAAACCACAUUCUUUGCUGGGAGUAAGAGUACAACCGUCUGGUCGCUUGCCAUCUUGCACUGAAAUGCCAGAUGGUUCCUUCAAAACAGGAAUAGAAGCUUUAGAAAAAAGCCGGCAAAUGUAA